AUGCACGAGGAAGCUAUAGGUAUGGUAAGUAGUGCGGGUGUGAUGGAGGAGUCCGGCAUGCUCGAGGGCCGGUUGUGCGAGUCGGCGGCUACGCGAAGGAGGCUUGGCUAUAUGAGGCGAAAAGGGCUGCAAUUCGUUGCAUGGAGGUGUAGUGCGGUGGGCAACAACCGGCAUACGGAUGGCUGGCGGAUUGGUGUUUCGGGUUAG